AUGGCGGCAGAGAAAGCCAGCUGUUCCAAAAAAGUUGUUCUAUGCGAAGAAGACAUUCCCAGAGCGAAGCUUCCUCGGGAAAACGUUGAAGAGUGUACUGUACCACAGCUUCGACGAUGGCUGUUGUGUGGAGGAGCGAAAACAAGCGGCAAGAAAGCCGAUCUUGUCAAGAGGUUUGCUCAGACGAUGGUUUAUUAUUGAUCAUUUAUCAGGGUUUGUUAUUUUGAACUGUCCAGCGUAAAUAUAUACUAAGACAUGGUUUGCUUUACUGUUUAUUUUAGAUAUAAAGACUAUGUCAAGGGAGGCCUUCAUUUAAAAAACUUACGAGAUCCGGAUGGAGGUGUGCAUCUUGCACGAAAGAAAGUCUUACUAGGUGUAAUGGAUGAAGUAGACCCUCCACAUGUUACUGAUAUUUUCCCUAAGGAUGGUUUCCAUGAAGAUCUCACUGAUUUGCCUUUCGUAAAUUUUGGCACUGUAUGGAAGUACAUGAUCGAGUCCUCCAAUGCAAAAAAGCAGCUAUCCACAGCUAAACCACUGGUCAAAGGCUUUAACUUUUUUAAGUCCGGUAACUUAGUAAAAGUGACCGUCUGUUCUCGAGAAAAUAAGUGGUACUUAAAGAGUCAAGUUUUGCCCUCAAUGAAAAAAUCAAGCGUCUAUAACUGUUUCAUCUUGCUCUUACCAAAUGGCCACAUAAAAAGCGCGUACUGUGGUUGCCCAGCAGGUGUUGACGGUCGAUGUAAUCAUAUCGCGGCAGCCUUGUUUGGACUUGAGGAAUUCUGCAAGCAACGUGAAAAGCAGCAGCAAGAACAGACCUCUCGAACGUCCCAACCUUGCACUUGGAAUGUUCCCCGUAAAAGGAAAGGAGAGGUACUGCCCAUAAGCCAAAUGAAAUUUAAGAAGCAUGAACAUGGGAAAGAAAAGAAAGCUAAAGAAAGAUCGAGAAUCUGA